AUGGCGGCGGGUGGCGUUGAAGACGAGAGAAGGCCUUCGCUGGCAGGAGACAAAGAGCUGCCUUUCGUGCAGCAGCAGCAGCAGCAGCAGCAGCAGCAGCAGCAGCAGCAGAAGCAGCAGCAGCAGCAGCAGCAGAUGUCUGCUUCCUUUUUAGGGGGGAUGCGGUGGUGGUUCGGGGCACUCCUCUGGCGGCUGGGCUGGAGAACAGCAGCAACAGCAGCAGCAGCAGCAGCAGCAGCAGCAGCAGCAGCAGCAGCAGAUGAAGAUGCAGCAGCAACAGCAGCAGAUGAUGGGAGCAGCAGCGUCGAGCUCUCUGUAUUGACGCCUCAGGGACGCAAACAGGCAUAG